CGUCGCCAUUGAUCCGGACCUGAACGAACCAGUGCCUCCGGACGUCUUCGCGGGCGUCGAGAAGUUCCUUGACGUCGAGGUCGAGCAGGACUUCUUCAGCAAGACCCUUCCGAGCAUGUUGGAGGCCGCCCUUCGCCUCAAGGACCUGAAGCCUCCUCAGGGACUCCGAUAUUCACUGCAGCAACAACACGAAGAAGUGACAAUGGAACGCGCCUUAGUGACAUCUCUCCUGGCGCAUGUCUUUUUCUGCACCCUGCCGAGGCGCUCCCUCAUCUCUCAUCCAACGCUCUCGGAUCCCUGCCUCGCCCCUACGCUCUCGUCUCUCAACAGAGAGAGCCAGCGAGUGAAACUGAAGGCACUCCUACACUACUUCAGGAAACUGAGCGACACAACGCCUGCAGGCACUCUCACUUUCUCCAGGAAGGUUAUGAGCAGCAAGGAAUUCGUGACCCUGAAGGACUGGAUGAAAUGCGAGGCCGUCCUUUGCCCCGUGGAAAUCCAGCACGAGGGACGCCUGGAGGACACCCACCCCCCUGCCCUCCUGGCCUGCUUCACCUCGUCGGACGUGGCGCAGCCUGCACUCACCUCCUCCAAGUCGCAGCAAGUAUGUGCAAUGCUAAGUUACCCGGAGAUGUUAGUGUCGUCGGUCUUCGUGGAGAGGCUGGAGGAUAACGAAGCCCUCCAGAUUACGGGCGCCUUGAAGACCGCCACCGUCUCCAACCUGAAGACUCGCCCCCACGUCACCUUCAGGAAUAACACGACCCCACCUGACCUGAUCCAUGCACUUAUGGAUGCAGAUGAUUACCGCCAAUCGGAGGUCCUGCAGUACGAGGAGAUUAAUGUUCUCAGGGAGUUGAAUAAGGCGGUUCUUGCCUUCACGCAGCCUAUUCCCGACGCCGCUACCAGCUCCUUUUCAGACAUUAUUUCUGUGUCGAGACAGCUGUCCGAGUGCAGUGGGUCUCCGCCGAGGAACUGCCAAUCUCCAAUAUCUUCUGGGUCGUCGUUGGACCAGAAUAAAGAAGACGCGAGUUUGGAAGGAAAUAAAUUGAAACUACGAGAAAAAGAUAAAGGUCCUUCUCGUGAAAAAACAAACCAGAAACGAGGAACAGCAGUGUCUAAAGAACUCGAAAGAACAAAACCCUUGAAAAUCGGGAAGGUGAAAAAGAAAGUGGAAAUAGUCGAGGACAACCAGGCUGUGAAAACGAAUACCUGUGAUAUCCCUGACAGUGAUAUAGUCAGGCCACCCAGACAUAACGUAGACAAUAAACUGAAAUCCCUCCUGGCCAAAGAGAGAUUCAGAAAGGAGAAAGAACAGGCGAAAAACGUCCCAGAUAUCAAGGGGAGUGUGACCGAGCAAGACUUUACGGGCAGCCCUCCAUCAGCUGGCUUCGUGACGGCUCCAACGACGCUAAAAAGACGCCACAGAAGAAAGAAAGACGUCAGUUCCAAAGGUUGUGACGACGCGAUGCCUCAGGACAUGACCGCCCAGGCAGAAAGGGUGGCUUUUGCGGGGGUGCGCUGUAGCAAACCGCCCCCUGAAGAUCUGCCAAAUAACUGGGAAGAAUCAGAUGAAGAGGAAGAAGAAACUACGAGAUUACUGAACAGGGUGAUGCGCGCCAUUCAGCGGUUGGAACAAGAACGGCCUGAUUUAGUCGAGGAAGUGAAGCAGGAUGCGCAACAGACCUUGGGUUCUAAGCCGCUUCCUAGAACAGUGAGCAGUGCAGCUCCGAGGACAAGACGGCCGUCCAAGAAACGAGGGAAGAAAGAGAGAAGAAAAUCGUCUUUUGCCGAGAGACUGAAGGAGGCGCUGGCGAGAGAGCCAAGCCUGGACUCGUGUCAGACUCAUGAAAAUAUUCCAAAUGAGGAAGAUGACCCGCUGAUGAAAAUAUCAAGACAGGAAUCUGCAGGAUUUGUCCUCGACGCUAGCCCUCGCCGUCGACUCCUUCGGAAGACAGAAAAAGAGGAGGAAAAAUACGGCUCUGACAUCUCCGAGGAAGAUUUCGAUGAUCAAGGAGAGGAAGAGGUUCAGGGCAGAGGACGCGAGGGAUCGGAUUCCUCUCGUUACUCCUUCAGUUCGGAUUAUACGUCCGAACUGGAAGAUGUUUAUGAAAAGCUAGGGGAAGUACUGGAGGAGUCUGAAGGGGGAAACCUUGGCCCUCGCACAGCAGCCAUCGCGCGAUUUGCUCAUGGUCUACUUAAGGUGUGGAUGCGUUUGAAAUGCUCUAGAUGUUUAUAUGUAAUAUCAAGACAGGAAUCUGCAGGAUUUGUCCUCGACGCUAGCCCUCGCCGUCGACUCCUUCGGAAGACAGAAAAAGAGGAGGAAAAAUACGGCUCUGACAUCUCCGAGGAAGAUUUCGAUGAUCAAGGAGAGGAAGAGGUUCAGGGCAGAGGACGCGAGGGAUCGGAUUCCUCUCGUUACUCCUUCAGUUCGGAUUAUACGUCCGAACUGGAAGAUGUUUAUGAAAAGCUAGGGGAAGUACUGGAGGAGUCUGAAGGGGGAAACCUUGGCCCUCGCACAGCAGCCAUCGCGCGAUUUGCUCAUGGUCUACUUAAGCGUGCCCUUAGUGAAUCCUACAAAGACGUGACUCUUGGGUUGGACGGGUCGGCUGUGAAGGACCCUGAGAGUGGCACGAGUGGCCCUUUACCCAUACGAUCCCUUAGCUUCUCCGAGCCUCGUCCUCCAGCUGGCAAGACAGUUCGACCUCCGACGCUAAAUACGCUGAAGAGUAAUCUCGGGAAACCUGUUGUUACGGGGAACUGGGGUUGUGGCUCCCUUAGAGGCGAUCACCAACUGAAAGCUAUGAUUCAGUGGGCGGCUGCCAGCAAGGCCCGGGCACCAAAGAUGGUAUAUUACACAUAUGGUGACCAGAAUACUGUAAAGUUGGAUAUAGUCUGUCGGUUGUUAGGGGACCGAGGCUGGCGUGUUGGAGACCUAGUGUCCACGUUGCUUCGGUAUAGUGAAUCACGUCUCGAUUCUUGGAGACGAUCAAGGGAAACAGAACUUACGGAAUCUGCUGAUUCUUCACUGCCAGAAUCCCUUAGAUACAGAGGACCAUCGUUGGACUCCCUCACCCUCUUUGAUGAAUUAAUAGGAGCAGACCGUCCAUUCACCACGAUGGAGACGGAACUAUGAUCCAGUUGUCAGACUCUAACAACACACAGCUCCUGUUGCGCCUUCUUUGCUAAACAGUUAACUCCAUAUCAGUUGUUCACACUGUAUAAAAAAACAGAGAUAGAAUUUUAGGUUUUGAAAUUGUUGAUGGUGAUGUCAAAGAUACAUCUUGAGGAAGUCUAGAGGUUUUUAAUCCAAAAGGAAAUUUGACUUAUCUGCUAUGUCGAUAAACUUACCUACCAUAUGGUGUGCUCGUACCAAUAGAGAAGGAAUAUUUACACCUCUUCUUUUCAUAGCAUUGUGUGACUUCAGUAUGUAUCUAAAGAGUUUACACAUAUAACUGUUUUGGCAUUGUGUCAUGAAUUUAUGAUCUGCGAACGGGUGAUAUACCCAAUCAUUUCUCGUCCUUGUUGUGUUUUCUGUCUUCCUUCAAUAGGCUUUCUCAUGAAUAUGUAUUUAAAAGUCAGUGGUGAGUGAACAGAAUAUUAGCCAAUUUUUACCGUGUGAUGGUUUAUAUAGAUACAGGA